AUGCAAACGAAAAUCUACCAAUCAAAAUAUGCACAAGUGACCUUCAGGUGCUCAGCCUCUUCAAUAACCUGGACAUGAAUAAAGCAAAGAAAAGCUUUAUCUUUAUUCCAUCUGAAUUAACUGAAUAUCAUAUAUGGAGAAAUGUGUUGAAAUCAAAUUCUACCGUCUAUUUAUUGGGUUAUACACUACCUUGUAAUGUGCACAAUUCAACUAACGAGAAUAAUAAUAAUAAUGAAGUGGUAUUAAUUUUGGGGUUUUAUAAUUCACCACCGACUGAGAAUAAUCAAAUAUGUCCAUAUUGUUAUACGCGAAUUUACUCUGAGGAUUGUUUGCAUAUUUGUGCACGAAGUUUGAGAAAAUAUAAAUUUGAAAGUUCAUACAUUAAGAAAUACAAUCCUUUGUCAGAUGAUUAUAAUAAUAAUAAUGCGUCAAAUAUAUGGAUCAGUGUAGAUAUGAACACACUACCCUCCUCAUUGAAACAUGGUAUUAUGAUGAAAUAUACAAGUGGAUUUAAUUACCCAGGGAAUAAAUCAUCGUCUGAAGGAGAUUCAUUCAAUCGGUGGAUGUGCAGCAUUAUGCAAAAUGAAAUUGGUCAGCCCUUAAAUCACCUGAUUCGAUGGUUGAAUGAAUCUUCCGGGGAUACGAAUGAUAGUGACUGGGAUUGGCCUUCUUCUAUUCAGCACCAACAUAAAAUAGUAAAUUCUCAACCAGAGAGUGGACACUUCAUUCCAACUACAAUGAUUCAGUGUUGCACAAAAAUUAUCAAUAAAUGUGUCAAUUUCAGUUAUACCCUGUCUCUAAUUAAAUACCACUUUGAUACGGCUAAGCCACGGCCGCCGCCUCCACCGCCCCCGCAGUCGUCGUCUAUAGCAUCCUCGAUGAAGAAGUGUUCAACGAGUCUCUUGAAGAACAAUAAUGAUAAUAAUAUACAACAGAAAGAAAAGGAUAAUGUCAGGGUUAAUUCCUCGACGCGAAGUAUCCACCCUUCAGUAGUGUCAUGUUUAAUUCCAGAUGCUAGUCUAAGCAUGAUCGGUGCUAUCCAAUUACUGAUCUUAAUUUUAUGCUUAAUUACAGUUCCGUACAAAAGUACAAAUAAUCACAAUCACAGUUCUCAUUAUUAUAGCUACGAUGAUAAUGGUGAUAUGGGGAAUGGGAGAAAAUGUUGCAUACAAGAAUCACUCCCGCCACCACCACCACCGACGCGUCAAUCUCCUUCGCCUCCUCCUCCCCGUCGUUGUUGUCGUGAUUAUACCACUUCUGGGCUUUCAAUUUUACCAUCAUUUCCUCAUACUACUACUAACAAAGAUGACAGUAGUAGUAGUGGCCCUAUGAACUGGUUACCGAAUGAUUUAAAUUGUAAAAUUAUUCCAACAUUGGGAUUAUUUUAUUUAGAUAAUGAAGAAGACAAUUACACAUCGAAAUUAUCAUCCGCAUCGUCGUCGUCGUCGUCAUCAUCGCUGGCAGUAUCCUCAUCGUCUUGGUUUUCAACAGUACUGUCGACUUAUCUGCCUGCUUUAAUCUUGUAUAAUUCUACAAAUGAUAUCACCAGGUAUAUAUCGUCAUCAUCAGCAAAAUUUGAGGAUCGUUGUUGUUGGAUGAAUAUCUUGUAUCGAUGUGUUGAAUAUUUCACCUGUGAAUUAACCCGCCUACUGCUUUGGCUUGAAAGUGGUAAACCAGCUGGAUUGAAAAUGAAUCUUCAUUUGGCACAUUUAAUGGGACAAUUUUUCCUCUAUCAUAUAUUAGCCUGGCGUUCAUAUGUCACUUUCAUCAUUUAUAUACUAUUUAUUCAUGUAUUAAGUAUAUUACAACAAUUCACUGAGGUGGAUACAUUCAAUGUAUACUUUUUGGCCAAUUUAACAACUAUAAUUUGUUUAAUAUUUAGUACAGUUUAUCUACUGGCAACGACACCAACAUCAGUCUCUGAUGGUGAUGGACAGAGUGUAAUCCGCUUUCCUUUAAUCAUCAAAGUAUUCGUCGUUUAUUUUUCAAUAAUAUUACGUUUAAUGCUUGCCUUGCUAACCUGCCUACUAUUGGAUAUCAUUGAAUUGAUUACACUACAUUUGACUAGCUUUUAUAUCUAUGCUACUCACCUUCUUCGAUUACAAUUGAGAACAAUAUCUGCCUCAUGGCGUCUAUGCCGUAAUAGUUCUAAAUGGAAUCCAUUACGUCAUCGUGUUGAUAAAAUACCCGAUAUGUAUAUCGAUCCAAAUGAAGUCCUGUUAUCGAUUAGUUCAUUACAGAAGAAAAUUUCACUGUCAUCAUCAUCAUCAUUAGCAUCGUCAUCGUCGUAUUCAGCACCUCCAUCGUCACCAUCAUCAUUAUCAUCGUGGAGAAGAUUAUGGACAGGGGACAAUGGGAGAAGUAGAAAAGAAGUCAUAUGUGGGAGACGGAGAAGUGGUGCAGGGGACAAAGAAGUCACAGGUGGAGAAGAAGAUACACUGUAUAAAUUUGUAACAAAUAAACAAAAUUCUGAUAUGUUAUUCGAUCAGCUGACGAGGCAGAAAUGUGGUGUAUACCUUGAUCGUUUAUUGGUAUCGACUUUAUUGGGUCUUGGUAUUGGUUUGUGUUUAUUCUCAACGACAAUAGCAUUUUAUAUUACAUUCACAUGUAUCCAGUUAUGUUUAUUACUUGUAAAGAAUAUUUUAAAAUGUACAGUUUGGUUUAUUAUGGACUUUCCAUUGGAAUCAAUCGUGUUAUGGACAUGUAAUAGUCCUUAUUAUAAAACUAAACUAAUUAUAGAAGCGCCUAAAAUGAACUCGAAGCAUUUCAAGUGUUUACGAUUGAAACUGACAAGAAUCGAUUUCCAUGAAAUGUAUGCUGAAAGUCAUCUAGUACGGAAAGCUUUAUUUUCAAAAGGUUUAUCCUUCAGAGAAUUACUCCAUCGUGUUAUAUGUGCAGAAGAUAUUCGAUAG